AUGGCAAUUACCCUAAAGAUAAUCCAAAUUCUCAUUCUCACCAUCAUUUAUUGCUCAUUGGUACCCUCACUUGGGGCUAAUUACAACCCGACCCUCGACGUGUGGUCCUUCGGGGCCGUGCCCGACGGGAAAUCCGACUGCACGGAGGCUUUCACGAGCGCGUGGAGCUCGGCAUGCGCCUAUGUGGGGCCCGCGACCAUUUACGUGCCUCCGGGAAGGUACUUAUUGAAAAACACGUACUUUUCAGGGGCUUCGUGCGAAAAUACUGAUAUAACGAUACGUAUCGACGGGACUCUGGUGGCUCCCUCGGACUACGAGGAACUCGAGAAAAACGGGAGCUGGCUGCAGUUCGAGUGGGUCGCCGGAGUUUCUAUUCUCGGCGGGACCCUAGACGGUCAAGGGACGAGAUUGUGGGAGUGCAAGAAUUCCGGCGAGAAUUGUCCUAAAGGAGUUACGACACUGGGAAUUUCCAACUCCAACAACGUGGCCAUCACCGGACUCACAUCCAUCAACAGCCAGAUAUACCACAUCGUCAUCAACGGCUGCCGUGACGUCAGGCUUCGGAAUGUGACCGUCUCGGCUCCCGGAGACAGCCCCAACACCGACGGCAUCCACGUCCAGCGCUCAUCUGACGUGGCAAUCACCGACUCCGUAAUCGGGACCGGCGACGACUGCGUGUCGGUCGGGCCCGGCACCACCGACCUUUGGAUCGAGAACGUGUCAUGCGGCCCCGGCCACGGCAUAAGCAUUGGGAGCUUGGGUAAAGAUUACGAGGAGCCGGGCGUGCGUAACGUGACAGUUCAGAGCGUAUCGUUCGACAACACGCGAAACGGCGUGAGGAUAAAGACGUGGGCUAGGCCGAGCAAAGGGUUUGUGAGCGGCAUCGUUUUCCGGCACGCCAUCAUGUGUAAUGUAGAAAACCCAAUUGUGAUCGACCAAAACUACUGCCCGCAUGAAAAAGAUUGUCCUGGAGAGGUCUCGGGAGUUGAAAUCAGCGACGUGAUGUAUCAAGACAUACAAGGCACGUCGGCAACACAAGUGGCCGUGAAAUUUGACUGUAGUAACGGGUUCCCGUGUAAAGGAAUAAAGAUGGAGAAAGUGAAGUUGAGCUACCAAAACCGGCCAUCUCAGGCUCAGUGUGUCAAUGCAGCUGGCUCGGUUUAUGGCUCGGUUGAGCCCUCGAGCUGUCUGAAUUGA